AUGAGCGACGCGCAAGCGAACGAGGCCGAGAGGAACGUUAUCCGUCUUCAGAUUGAGAUCUGGAAGGUCAAGAAGCUCAUCAAGCGCCUCGAGGCCGCCAGAGGCAAUGGCACCUCCAUGAUUUCCCUCAUCAUCCGUAUGUUCCCGUCGCCAAACCUUGCCCUCUCCUCUCUCCUCCCUUCCCUCCUUCCCUCCCUCCCUCUCCUUCUUCCUCUUCCGACAUUGUGCAUGCACUCACGACGACUGCUAGCGCCCAAGGAUCAAGUUUCGCGCGCCGCCAAGAUGCUGGCCGAAGAAUAUGGCACGGCCUCCAACAUCAAGUCUCGCGUCAACCGACAAUCCGUCUUGUCGGCCAUCACCUCCACUCAGCAACGUCUCAAGCUGUACAACAAGGUCCCCCCGAACGGCUUGGUCAUCUACUGCGGUGAAAUCUUGACCCAGGAAGGCAAGGAACGAAAGGUCAACAUCGACUUCGAGCCGUUCAAGCCCAUCAACACGUCGCUGUACCUCUGCGACAACAAGUUCCACACCGAGGCCUUGGCCGAGCUGCUCGAGUCGGACCAAAAGUUCGGCUUCAUCAUCAUGGACGGCAACGGCGCCCUCUUCGGAACCCUGAGCGGAAACACGCGCGACGUGGUCCACAAAUUCUCCGUCGACCUGCCCAAGAAGCACGGUCGUGGUGGUCAGUCCGCCCUGCGUUUCGCCCGUCUGCGCGAGGAGAAGCGUCACAACUACGUCCGCAAGGUGGCCGAGCUGGCGGUGCAAAACUUCAUCACCGCCGACAAGGUCAACGUCGCCGGCAUCAUCCUCGCCGGUUCCGCCGACUUCAAGAACGACCUCAACGCCUCCGACAUGUUCGACAACCGUCUCCAGACAAAGGUCAUCAAGGUCGUCGACGUCUCGUACGGUGGCGAGAACGGCUUCAACCAGGCCAUCGAGCUCUCGUCGGAGACGCUCGGCAACGUCAAGUUCAUCCAGGAGAAGAAGCUCAUCGGCAAGUACUUCGAGGAGAUCAGCCAGGACACGGGCAAGGUCUGCUACGGCAUCGACGACACCCUCAAGGCCCUCGAGCUCGGUGCCGUCGAGAUCCUCAUCGUCUUCGAGAGUCUCGAGAUCACCCGCUGGACCCUCAAAGAUUCCGACGGCAACGAGAUCGUCCUUCACACCACCAAGCAGCAGGAGCAGGGCAACCGAGACGCCUUCCUCGACAAGCAGACGGGGCAGGAGAUGGACAUUGUCGCCCAGGAGUCCUUCCUCGAGUGGAUCGCCGAGCACUACAAGGAUUUCGGCACCGCCCUCGAGUUCGUCUCGGACCGCUCCACCGAAGGCAACCAGUUCGUCAAGGGCUUCGGCGGCAUCGGCGGCCUCCUCCGUUACAAAGUCAACUUUGAGCAGCUCGCCGACCUCGACGACGACGACGACUACUAUGACGGUUCGGCCCCCCUCCCCCCCUCUCCCGGCACCCGCGGCACCCCAGGGAAGGGAAGCUAA